AUGAGUGAAAGUAUCCUUUCUGUAAAAAUUCGAGAAGCAACCACGAGGCAGCAACCGAAACCCCAUAUUGCAUACGAAGUAGAAAUUCGCGCAGCAGUUCGUACAUGGGCAGUCUGGAAACGAUUCAGCGAAUUCGAAGAUCUCAACAAAAAGUUUCUUCGACUAUUCCCCAAUCACCCACCCCCCGUCGACCUGCCUGUAAAACACUUUUUCCAGUCGACACUCGGGAACCCGGUGUUAGUGGAGGAACGUAAACGUGGACUCGAAGACUACCUGCAGGCGAUACAGACAGACCCUGAUGACCGGUGGCGCGAGACUGACGAAUGGAAGGAGUUUUUGGCGAUACCGACCGGACGUCCGUUAGAUGCUAGUACAAUGUACACGUCGGAAAGCUGGUUGGACGAGUAUAAUCAGGUGCAGGCUGUUGCUCGCGAUAUACGCACAUUAUUGAACCGUCGUGAGACGCAUAUUUCUAGAAAUGAAGUGCAAGCUUCACAUAAUUGUGGUGUACAAGCAAAGAAAAAUUUAACGACUCUUAAUACACGAGUAAUACAACUUGAUGCCGGUCUGCAAGGUCUAGCAAAAGGUUCUGGCCGAGAUGGACAUGUAAUGCUGGAGGGUGAGCUACGACGAAGAAUGGACAUGUUGAACGAUUUGAAAAAUCAAAAAGAAACUUUGACGAAACUUGUGUUAGCCAAUCGGCCAGACAUCACCAAAUCCUCGUCACAAGCUAGCAACGUUGAUCGUAGUGUACUGUUCCGACAACCAGAAGUAUCAUCCGCUCGCCAACAACUGCCUCGAACUGCUUCCGGUUCAAUUAUGACCAAUAUUACUGCUAGCAGUAAUAGUAGCAUUGUUUCCUCAAAUAGUAAACCCAACGUUUCCUCGAGACGUGUCUUUGGGAAUACGACUGCCAAGAUGCCCAGCGAGACUGAGCAAACACGAGGGCUUGAUAACGAAGGACUGCUGCAAUUGCAACAGCAGACUAUGCAAGAUCAAGAUCUUCAUGUCGAGCAGUUUAGUGCAAUGUUGAGCCGACAAAAGCAUAUUGGAUUAGCUAUUUCGGACGAGUUAGACAUGCAGAAUGGUAUGUUGGAUGAGUUAAACGGUCAAACUGAAAUGAUUGGCGAUAAAUUGCGAUAUAGUCAACGAAAGAUUGCUAAUAUUCAUUGA